AGGGUGACAGGGUAAUAAGUGUGGAAGAAGAAUGUUUCUGUCUCUUCCUACGUUGACUGUCCUUAUUCCACUGGUUUCGUUAGCAGGACUGUUCUACUCAGCCUCUGUGGAAGAAAAUUUCCCUCAGGGUUGCACUAGCACAGCCAGCCUCUGCUUUUACAGUCUGCUCUUGCCAAUUACCAUACCAGUUUAUGUGUUCUUCCACCUUUGGACUUGGAUGGGUAUUAAGCUCUUCAGACAUAAUUAAUGCAACCAGAGCCAAGAUGGCCUUGGGCCUCUUUCUCUGAAAGUUCAACUAGAUUGAAAUACCAGAAUUCCACUUAGUUUGCAAGAAAGAUACUUUGCCUCGUUUCUGUCAGAAGCUUAGGACUAUGGGAGGCUUAAGCUGCAGGAGCUUUUAUUGUAGUCUUGUUCUGCCCUUACUUUUUGAAGGUUUUAAUUUAUAACAACAGCUACUGUAUCAGAAGAAACGUUUUGACAAAGUGUCUUGUUGGAGAUUAACAGUCCCAAUCAUCAGAUGAUAACUUUAUUCCUUAUCCCACUCAUCUAAAAGUUAGUCAUUUGAAAUAUUGUUUAUUUAGAUUCAAGCUCUUUAGUUAAGUCACAUGCUGGGAAUUACUGAAAUAAUUCCAGAGGAGCUGUGCUAGAAUAGUUGUAGAGAAAUGCCUUUGAACUAGUGUGAUGAUAAAACCUUACAAUAAAAUGGAAAUUUCACAUAGCUGCAAAAAUCUUAGUUUGUAAAAUUAUGUUCAUUUCUUUGCCAUCAGAGGUUUACAUUAAUAAUAAUAAAAUAAGAUGUCAACAUUUACCCAUAGAAAAAGUUGGUAGUAGUGCUUUUUGUCACAAGUAUGUGGUAUAAAGUGAGAAAAAUGGUUAAAAUUUCCAGAUUUUAAAAUGUAGGUUAUGUUUUGAGACACGUAGUUUGGACAUGCUGUCAGGAGGGAACAGUUACUGGAGAAGGACAUCAUGCUUGGUAAGGUAGAGGGUCAGCCAAA